UUGUUUAAGCCAGAACGCGCCAGUACGGGCAGCGUCGCCUGCAAAGAAGGAAAAAGAAGUCCGCCACGCGCACAAUCGCAAGCUUCGUUCUCUCUUGUUUGCUAACGGUGUUGCUUCCUUCGAUUGUGCAGCUCACUGGCGCAUCCACCUGUCUACGGAGCGGUGCCAUUGCUCAUCCUGUCGUCCUAAUAUCGCCCUAAACAAACCCGUCCGUUUGAACUGGUAUCCAUGCAAUCGUAAUCUACACGACGACAAUACACACGCGCCUACGCUUACGAACCGCCGCCUGGAUUUCCCAGGGAAGCCAUUCAAUCCCUAGCCAUGGGCCUCUUCGAUAACCUAGGACAAAACCAGCCUGCUUCGGCUGGAGGCUCAGGAUCUCUGUUCGGCGCAAACACAGGAGCCUCAGCGACGGCAGCUUCGUCUGCCACCCCCAAACCCAGUCUGUUUUCAUUCCCGCAAACAAGCCAACCUGCUGCGUCGUCAAGCACCACGGGGGGGCUGUUCGGAUCAAGCACGGCGGCGACAUCAAAUGCUCCCGCUUCCGGUGGCCUGUUUGGAGCAUCGACAACCCAGUCUCAGCCGGCGAGCAGCACAGCCGGUGGGCUCUUUGGUGGGCUUGCGAAGAGCCAGCCGCAGCAAGGCACAAGUUUGUUCGGUGCUUCGACGCAACCUGCGCAGCCAUCUGGUUUGCUGGGCGGCUCGCUGCUGGGUCAAUCGCAGCAACCACCAGCGGCACAGUCGCAGGCGGACUCAUCCGUGCAGCCCAAGUCAGCGGCGACACUGCAGGCCGCGUACUUCGACCAGAUCCUUGAGCGAGGCAAGAAGCGUGAGAAGCAGGAAAAUGGUCUUGGAGCGCUGGGCGAUCUUCCAACGUUGCAGCUGGGGUUAGGCGACAUUGCAAGAAAAGUGAGGAACCUUGGCCAGGGAGGUCCGACGACUCAAAAGGGGAAAGGGGUGGAUAGCAGAGCACACUAUCUGCUGGCUGCCUCCGGCGUGUCGACAUCGUCUGCUCUUCGCGACCUCAACAGCCUCAAUGCCCAGGCCGGCGUUGCCAUCACCCCUCCGUCCCACAUUGUGGCCGACUACGAUCCUGAAACGUACGUCUCCAACCUUCGCGCGCAAACCACCCUGGAUCUUAUUCAGCAGGGUCUCGAGCAGUCAAAGCGUGACUUCGAUACCUUUCUAGAAGAGAACGUGCAGAUGAACUGGGAUGCCCAGCGACUGAAGAUUUAUGAGCAUUUUGGUCUCGCAAAGCCGGGAGCAAGUCCCGAUGGCGACGAGGAUGGGCGUGCUCUUGGCAGCUCACAACGUGAGCGAGGAGCGUUCGGCCGUUCUUCGCGUCGUAGUCGGCCUCUAGGUGCUUCAUCAGCGGGCAUGUCGUUUGGCCCGAACGGCAUGACGCGCUCUGUGCUGGGCACCUCUGCCUUGAGAGGCUCCACGACUGCGCACACAUUUACCGAUGUUUCGGAGAAGGCCCAGAAGGGCUCGUCUGGCAAUACGCUGGUCGGAGGCCUUGAUGAUCGCCUGCAGCGCGACAAAGCUGAGAAAUACGCCGCAAAGAUAUAUAGCAGAGACGGUUCCUCACUUAAUGGCGAAAGGAAUCGCGACGGUUGUUUCCCAGUCCUGCAUCGAUUUUCAGAAGUCGAACAGGCGGCUGGCAUCGACCACGCUGCCGCGUUGGUGAACAGCUACGAGGCUCUCAUAAGUAUCACCGGGGAACCGGCCGAGGAGAAGUCGGUAUCGGAUCCUUGUGCGAUCAGGGAACGACAGUUUGCCAAACAGUACCUGGAUGAAUCGCCCUUGUCGAGUGAGAGUGUUGGCAUGAGGAAGCGCAUCCUCAAUGGUUCUCGAAAGUGCCUGGAAGACAUGUAUUACAGAAGGGUUACCGAGACGGUCAACAAGGAUCUAAAAACCGCGCAGCUUGGUGGCAUGCCAACGAAAACGAGCUACAUUCGAGGCUACGUUAGAGUUCUUGACAGCCGAAGAGAGCUGGGUGACACCAGUUGUCUUGCCAAUAUCGAAGCCGCCGAUGGCAGCAACGACUUCCCUUGGGUCAUUCUGUACACUUUCCUGCGAUGCGGCCUCAUCCAAGAGGCUGCGGACUACGUGCAGCAAAACAUCACCUCGCUGCGUUCCAUCGAUCGAAAAUUCCCUCCAUACCUGCUAGAAUACGCACGUAGUCCAGAGAGGCUCUUGUCGCGAGAGUUCCGGUCCACGAUCAACACUGAGUACUCACAGAGCACGAAGUCAGCUGCAGAUGGAACAAUCGACCCGUACCGGGCCGCAUGCUACAAAAUAGUCGGUCGUUGCGAGUUGUCCAAGCGCGUUCUUGACAUCAAGACAGACGAAGAAGAUUGGAUCUGGCUGCAAUUUGCCCUUGCCCGGGAAGUGCCGCGCAGCGAGGAACAGGCUGGCGAAGUCUUUGGCCUCGAGCAGAUACGAGAAACCAUCGCUGAUAUCGGCAAGAGACACUUUUCUCAGGCCACGGAGAACCCUGGAGGGUACGGCUUGUUCUUCUUCAUGCAGAUUUUGGCUGGCAUGUUCGAAAAGGCAGUGGCAUGGCUGUAUCCGCACAAUCAUAUCAGUGCAGUGCAUUUUGCAAUCGCAUUGAGUUACUACGGGCUAUUGAGGGUCUCGGACCUGAAUACCUCCGAGCUAUUGUCCUAUACAACUCGACAACAAGCGCGCAUCAACUUUGCUCUCAUGGUCGGAUACUACACGUCCGAGUUUCGCGCGGCCAAACCUGUCGAUGCGGCAGAUUAUCUCUGCUUGAUCAACCUGAAUUCAGAUCUUCCCGGGGAUGCUGGUAUGCAGCAAGCCAAGAUCUGCUGGGAAGCCCUGCGGGAGCUGGUCCUGGAGACUCGCGAGUUCGCGGCACUGCUAGGUGAUUUGCGCGAAGACGGGACUCGUGUUCAGGGCGCCAUCGAGCAUCGCGUCCGCCUGAUCAAGCUCAAAGAUGACUUCGUCUCGGGCAAACGCAAGACGCAAGAUGGCAGUUUCGACACAAAGAAAUUCAUGGACGAACUCACCCUGCAAGCUGCCAUUGCAGCAGAUGAAAGCGGCCGAACCACGGACGCGGUGUUGCUAUAUCAUUUAGCAGGCGACUACGACGCUGUGUUGUCGAUUAUCAACCGGACUCUCUCCGAAGCGUUGACGGUACCUAUUGACGCAGAGCCGUUGAAGAUCGAGGCAACCAAACCGGCAAUGGAUCCUACAGCCGCCUCCGCGGAUGGCUCAGCACGGAGCACGUUCAGUCUGGCAACCGUAGACGAUCCCAUCACGCUGGCGAACAACUUCACCGCCUUGUACGCCAGAAACGCUGUGAUCAUGCAUCAGAUCAAAGAAUCGACGCGCGAAGCAUGCCAGAUCCUUCUCACGCUAGCAGAAGCGAAGCGAUUGUUGAAAGACAGUCUCUCCGCGCCCCUGAAUCAGGCCCCACCUUUCACCGCAGCUCUGGAAGCCAUCUCUCGCACCCAUCUGCUUCCCCUCGACGCCCAUGGCGACAUCAACGUCAUACGUACCGUCGCCGGCAACUUCCAGAAGCAGCCCCAAGUUGUGGCCAGGACGGUCGGCGACGUCAUAUUGUGGGCUGUGCAAGCCGUGCGAAGCGAGAGAAACAGGUUGGCCAGCACAGCCUUUGAGGACGCCGGCAAGCGUGCGAUGGAGAGGGAGCUGGAGACCAUAGGUAAGGAUCUGAUGGUCUUUGCCGGGUUAGUCAAAUUCAGACUCAGCCCAAGGGUAUUUGAGGUACUUGCUGGGGAGGGCGGUGAAAGUUUUUGAUUCGUGCGAUGUGGCCCAAACCGUGUUUCUUUUUCUUCUCCCUUUUUAAUAUUUUUCUUUUCUUGGGCACAUCGAACGGAAUAGACAAAGAAAUGAGUUCAACCCGAACGAGUCAAGGGCUUUGUAUCUAUUUCUUGCCAGCAAAAGGAAAAAAAAAACACUUCGGUACCCUAG